CGGUGCGUCUAUUUUGAAGGGCUGCGUUGGAUUGUGAUUUGUUUUGUUUCUUUUUGAUUUUAAAACAACAACACGAUUGAGAAGGGCCGAAGUGGAGAAGCUGCUGCAGCACACGGACUCGUCCCUGCAGCCGCCGGGGGAGUGUGUUCAUUCAGCCGAAGAGCCGAGCGAUGCCAGCGACGUAGAAAAAAAAACCACCACAACAUCUGCAGGGUGUGCGUCCGAGGCACAGCUGGAUUUAAGCCUCCGUGGAUCGACGAGGGGCCUUUGUAGCACCACAACCCCCCCACAAGGCGACUGGAUCCCGUUCGAGGAGGUAAAACAAGGACAGUAGUAUUCCUGGAGGCCUGCUGGAGAACGCAGCCUGCUGCUGAGAGGAUGACAGAUUGACAUUAAUGAGGGUUCGUGGUGCGUUUUCAUCCGCGACCUCAUUAAGAGCAGACACUGGCUUCUGCGUAAGAACAGCACGGAGAGAGGGAGGAGAAGCAUCUACAUAGAGAAAUCACAUGUUUCUGCCCGGGUUCGGCCUCCGGUGCUGUGAGGGACCGCAUAUAGGCUACAUGCCAUCCACCAAACACCGCCUGGAGAUGAAGAGGAGGAUGUGGUGAUGAAGACUGAGCAGUGAGGCAGCGCCAUCUCAUCGCUUUUUAUAGAUUCUCAGGUACCAUCUGUAGGUAUAGGUUUUUUUAUUCAUAAGGAAAAUGGGCAGCGAGGGGGAGAUCAUAAACAGAGAGCUGUCAAAGAUGUCUGACGAGGAUUUGCUGGCUUGCUCCAAAGAGGAGCUGGUGAGCCGGCUGCGUAAAGAGGAGUCCGAGAAGAUCUCCGCGCUCAUCCAGCGAGGCCGGCUGAUCAAGGAGGUAAAUAAACAGCUGCAGGGACACCUCCUGGAGAUCAGGGAACUCAAAACCAUCAACCAGCGGCUGCAGGAGGAGAACGUGGAGCUGCGGGACCUGUGCUGCUUCCUGGACGACGACCGGCUGAAGGUGAAGAAGCUGGCCCGGGAGUGGCAGCUGUUCGGGCACCACGCCGCCAAGGUGAUGCGGGAGGACCUGGGCGGCUACUUGAAGAAGCUGGCCGACCUGGAGCGCAUGCAGGACGGCCUGGUGAAGGAGAACCUGGACCUGAAGGAGCUGUGCCUGGUGCUGGAGGAGGAGUGUGUCAGCAGGAGCGACUCCAGCCCCGGCGGCUCCACGGAGCUCAACCUGCCGUGCAUGGUGGCCCGGGACCUGGGGGACGGGAGCUCCAGCACGGGCAGCGUGGGGAGCCCGGACCAGCUCCACCUGGUGUGCUCCCCGGACGACUGACGACGGAGGUGUCACACAGACAGAAGCUCUGCCAGACAGUACAAAGCAAAUUGGUGCAAAAAGCAUAAGGGCCUCCUGGAUGCUGCAGAAAAGUGAUAUGUGUGCCACUGGACAAAGAUUCUUCACUAGAGACAUUUUUAGGACUUUACAAAGACAUUUAAUAGAUGUUUGCCAGAUGAUAAUGUAUCUACAUUUUACAGUGUUUUUCUAAAGACAUGUCUGUUUGUGGGGGGUUGGGAAUUCCCUUUUCAGUGGUCUGUUGUUGGAAGAAAAAAGAAAUGGGACCAAAAAAGUGGGUCACAAAUAUAAAUUUAUCUCAUGCACUGGACUAGCCUACACUGGUAGAAGCCUUUUUUCUAUUGCACUGGACAGCGUUACCAUGGAUCUUUCAAUCAAAGAUUCAUUUCAAUCCAGUUUUGAGCCAUAUUUAGUCCUAAUUCCAAUAGCACUGACAUUGACGAGUUGUGAUAAAGAAAAAAAGAAAACUAUUUGAUAUUUGCUUUUUGCUAGAUGCCCAAUAAUGUGUAAUAUUUUAUGCACUCUCUUCCUCAGGACAGGAUUGGAGUGCCAUAUGUGCAUGAUGAUUGUGACACUUUGUACAGGCCUGUGAAGCAGUCUGAUGUUGAAGGCCCUUCAGGUUUACUGCAGGCGGGGCCGCUGCUGGUAAUGUAACGUGCUAGAGAGCCAGCACACUUGUUAAGACACGAUAAAUGUCCUUGGACCUCGCUCGGAGCUGAACCGAGUAAGUGCUGACACUUUUAUAAAAAUCCAACCGGGAACUCUUUUUAUCAAACUGGAAGGUCUACAAGUUUUGAUGAUUUCUAUUCUAUUCUCUGCAAGCCCAGCUCUUUAAAGUCACUCGUUGGACAUGUUUUUAUUACCUUGUUGUUGUUGAUGUUUUAAUUAGCAUAUCACAGUUUGUUUAAGUUUUGCAUUAGUCUGAUUUCUCCUCUGUAUCUCAUGCUUUGUAUUUACCCUGUAUCAUUAUAUAGGGAUCUUAACUUUCCUAACUUUGAGCAAAUCUUUAUCUUGAUUUAUCUGUAUGAACUAGCAUUACUAACCGAUCUCAGUUUAAAUCAUAGCUACUGCACAUGGAUUAGAAAAGGUUUUAUUUUGUCGUUAGCUGUUUUUAUUGGUGGGCUAUGCUCGUACUCGUAGUGCAUUGGAGAGCUUUAAAUACAGUGGGUAUGACACUC